AUGGCGACGAGUGGAACCUGGACACAGACGAUGGGCGGAUAUCGCGAGCAGAUAGUUGAUAACUGCUCCUUCUUCUCUGCUCGGGAUGCCCACAUAGGCGUCAUCCUCACCCGUGAGCCCCUGGGGAACUUCAAGGCAGUGGUCAUACGGGCUGAGAAGGGCGGCCAAAGGGACGCGCUGCUGUCCUCUGAGAGCGCGGAGACGGUUCAGAAAGCAUACGAGCUGCUUCUGGUCAAGUCUGCGGAUGCGGUGCAGAACUACAUCACCGCCAAUGGCUUCGAACUCCCUCCCUGCUCCAAGAAGGUUAGCAUUGUGGUCGAUGAUGACGAUGACGGGGUCUCUUCUGUCUCGUCAGCGUCUGAAGUCAUGGACGGCGACCUGGACAAGGACCUAGGGGAUUCCGCCCUGUCUUUCGACGCCGAGUCUGCCUACGAGAGCAUGACAGAGAGUGAGGUCUGCGCUGGCGGCUAUGACAGGGCGAGAGGCACCCACACCUCGCGCAACUCCCGCAUGAGCCCCAAGUGGGUGAGACGCUCUUCUCGCUCACCGAGACGGGACGACCCGGACUUCCCGCAUGAAGGCCAGCCGCGAGGACCACACCACGCACCCCAGCACAGUUUCCCCGUUCAGCGCCGCCGCUCCAGCCCCGUGGGAAUGCUCAACCCCAAGGCUGGUAUCCCCAUCGGUCGCCAUGUCCCCCCUGGGUCGGCGCCACCACCGGCCGCCCCGGGACAGGUACAACCUGGAACCUGGAGAGCUGCACCGGGAGCUCCAAUGCCCCCGCCUGUCAUGGCCGGGAACGUGGGACAUCCUCCUCAGGUGAAGUAUACCUUCACCAACGCCAACCUCAACGGAAACAGCAGCGCCGGAUCAUCCCCAACAUCCUCGCCUCCGAUGUCCAACGGUCACAACACCCACCCAACCACCGCGCGCGCGCCACCCCCGUCGGCCCCGUCCCAAUCAACCUCAGUAUCGUCCACGCCCACUCACGGGGUCGGGCCCAACAAGCCCCCGUCCCCGUCCCCGUCCCCGGCCCCGGCCCAACCGGCUCCGGCUCCUCCAGCGCCAGCAGCCGCCGCCCAGUUCCCGGCCGCCCUCGACUACCGGCUGUGCAUCAAGUCGCGCGUGCCGGGGACGGGCGACGUAAGCGAGCAGCGCAUGGUUGUGCGCACGCCGCCGACGCGGGCGCACGUGCGGGCCGCGGCGCUGAGAUACGUCGAGUACAACCCCUCGCUGUUCAGGCACGUUCUCGGGACCCCGCCGCCGCCGUUCAAGGCGGACGGCAACGGCAACGGCGUGGCGGGCCCUCCCGCGGACAGGCACCUGCGCGCCAACGUCACGCGCGUCGUCUUCGGCACCGGGGGCGGCGCCGGCGGCGAGAGCUACGACCUCACCACGUACGGGGAGGACGACCUGAGCCGGCUGUGCGCGAGCGUCGCGGGCGGCGGCAGGGCGGGCGCGGGCGUGGGCGAGCUGCCGCUGUUCGAGGUUGUGGUGACUAAUGUUGGGCCGGCCGGGUCCUUCUUCACGCUUGCUUGA